AUGACUACAAGUCUUUUAACUCAUGAUUUAACUCAUUCAACUCGAUCAAUUAUAUCCAGUCUUGAAACAUUACGACAAGAACAUAAUUUGUUACUUUCAUCUUCUACUAAUGAUGAUAAACGUACACAUAUUCAACAAUCUCUUGAAACAAUUGAUUUGGGUAUUGAUGAAGCUAUUGUUAUGUUACAACUUGAAAAUCAUUUAGAUGAUCUUGAUAGUGAAACAUAUAAAUUAAUGUUACAAGUACAACGAUUAUCACAAGAAAAUAAUUGGUUACGUGAUGAAUUAUCUGUAACUGAAAAACAUUUACAAACAAGUACACAAAUGAAACAAGAGUAUGAACAAGAUAUUCGUGCAUUAAAUGAAUCAUUAGCAUCUAUAACAACCAAUGAAAAUUUUAAUUUAACUAAUUCUAUAGAUAUUGAUAAAGACAUGCCAUCUGAAACAAAAGAACAAACUUCAAUUAAUUCUAAUACUAAUCCUGAUAUAAAAAAUUAUUCGGAAGUUCCAGCACGUUUUCGUACACUACAUAAUCUUGUUAUUCAAUAUGCACAAGCUGGUCGAUAUGAAGUCGCUGUACCAUUAUGUCGACAAGCACUUGAAGAUCUUGAAAAAACUCAUGGUCAUACACAUCCAGAUGUAGCAACAAUGCUUAAUAUACUUGCAUUAGUUUAUCGUGAUCAAAAUAAAUUUAAAGAAGCAUUACAAUUAUUAACUGAAGCUUUAACAAUACGAGAAAAAACACUUGGUCUUGAACAUCCUGCAGUUGCUGCAACUUUAAACAAUUUAGCUGUACUUUAUGGAAAAAAGAAUCGAUAUAAAGAAGCAGAACCAUUAUGUAAACGAGCAUUAGAAAUUCGAGAAAAAUGCUUCGGUGUGGAUCAUCCUGAUGUAGGGAAGCAAUUAAAUAAUUUAGCAUUAUUGUGUCUCAAUCAAGGUAAAACAUGGUUAGAUAAAGCUCAACAAACUGAGUAA